AUGGCGUCCUAUGGCAUCCACGGCCAUCGGUCGAAUCAAUCGUUGAGCCUCCAGCCUCCUCCAGGCGGAAUGCUUCCAGGCAGCCAGCAGAGGCGCAUGACGGUGUCCGCUAUGAGCUCCCAAAGCUCAUUAAGCUUGCCAGACGGAGGCCGCCAAUCAUCCCGUCCACCCUCGCCCCUCCGCAACGCGUUCACAUUCAACUCCUCAACCGGUGUAGACGGCGACCAGUCCUUCGCUUCAGACGACGAAGACGACGACGAUGCCCACCCAAGCAAAUGGAAGCGAUCCCCAUCGCCCUCCUCGUCCGUCUCCAACCUCGCCGCAAGCUUCGUCCAGCGCGUGAACAACUUUGUCGGGAACAUGGCGCCUCGCUCCCCGGGUGCGCUGCCGUCGGAUGCCGAGUUGGAGGCGGAGGCGGAGAGGGAGAGGGAGAGAAGCAGGAGGGAGGCUGAGGCUAUUCUGACGCGUGAGGCUCAGCAACGUAAACAAGUCGAGGAGCGCGUGCUGGCGAUGCUUGGGAGCACGCAAAGUCUCCCUCCUCCCCCUUCCCGCGCUGCGACGAUGCCGCCUACCACGCCGUCCCCCUCGGGCUCGCACAAGGAGAGCUCGUCGUGGUGGCAGACUGCGAAGAACAAGUUUACGCCCACGAAGGAGAAGGAGUCGCCGACGCCUGCUCAGCAGGUUAUUUUGGAUGCGAAGGCGAGGGAUAAGAAGGGUAAGGGGAAGGAGGAGGAGGCGCAGUGGACGGCGCAGAUGCAGCAGCCGAUUGGAAAUCUCAAUAUCCCUGUUCAGCCACCCCAGAGGAAACCGGUACCUGCGUCCCCGUCGUCACCUACACCUUCGAGACCGAAUACUUCUGUCCCCAACCUGUCGCCUUCCCCGAUGCGAGGUACAGACUCGAUGGCCAACUCACCCUCACGCGAAGCACCACCCAUGUACGCCCAAUUCACUCCUCAAGGCACGCUCGACGUCCCGGCGACCUUACUCGCCAUCGCCAAACGAUUCGAAAAACUCGAGAAAUGGACCAUAGGCCACGUCCGUGCGCUCGAAGAUCGGAUGAACGACGUCGAGCGUUGGCUGGUCGAUAAAGAGAAAGAGAAGGAAAAGGAGAAAGCCAAUACCCCCAACAAUCAAAGUCAACCCGACAACGCGGCGUUUAAGGAGGAGAUGAACGAGAUUCGGGACGAGAUCUCCGAGCUGCAAGGACGCGUUGGGGAGCUUGGGAGGGAGAUGGCCAAGAUGGCUACGGCGCCGUCGAAUCUUUCUUCUGGACCCAAGUCGCAGACGGUUAAUGCCUCGGUGUCGAUCGCACCCAGGCAGGCGUCUACGCAGCUCGUCCAUGAGGAUGGGCCUCCUAUCUUACCGCCUAUUGUCCCGGAUCUUACUGGUACACCGAGGCAUACACGACUGUCGUCAACAGCUUUGGACACCACCAGCCCGCCUUUGGCUUCGAAUAACAGGACUCCCUCGGGUACCAAACUACCUUAUCCUACCGGUGACUACAACUCCCCUCCAGACGCCUUCUCGCCUCCCAAUUCGCCCCCCGCUUCGAUCAACUCCAAGUUCCGCAAGUCGAGCUCGAUCUCUGGGUUACCCUCCUCCGCCUACCCAACUCCCGUUUCGUCUACGCUCAACCGUCCGACCUCCCCACCGAGCACCGCGCCUCUGUCUUCCUCGCUCAGCCGGUCCCCGAAUACUGCUAGGACGGAUACUGCUAGAACGGAGAGCCCCACACCGAAUACCAGCGGUCUCCCACCGCCCAAGCCAAAGGGUAACUUUAGGCAGAGCAGUGUCAGUCCUACACCGCGCAAACGGUACACUGUGGCGCUCGGUGGACCGAUCGUUGCGCCUCCCGACCUCCAGUCCAACGAAGCUGAGCCUGUUCGUCGUGUCGGUACGCCCAAUCCCAGGUUGGCUAGCCGUGACCGGGACCAGGAUGAGGAGGAUGAGGAGGAUGAUGGGGGAGAGACGAUUGGCAAGUCGGCUGCCGCGAGGCUUACGCGUAGUUUGGCUACGAAGAGGUCUACGACGAGUUUGAAUAGUGUGAAUAGCUACGCGAGCGAUCGUGGUGGUGGUGCGGCGGAGGAUUCCGGUACCUAUACUCGUGGAAGAGGAGACUACAAGUCCCCUCCCUCACCUACUCCGAUGUCCAACAGGAGGCUCCGAGCGCAAUCGGCGUACGGGUACUCGGCCGUUCAAGCUCAAUCCUCGCAAUUCGGUUCGUUGGCCAACGACUCGACGACGAGUUUGAAUACGAACACGACUGCGCCGUUGAGGUUGAAAGUGCGGACGAGGUCGACGGAGCGGUUGGGUGGUGGCAGUGGUGGUGGUGGGGAGAUUGGACCGGGCCCGCUUAGUGCGGGCGGGAUUACGACUGCGACUGGAGGCAAGUUUGUGGAUCCGUUGGUGCUGAGGAGGCAGGAGGCUGCUGCUACAACGAGUAAGCCGAUUGCUAUGCCUAAACCGUUGGCGAAGGGAUCGAUUGGGCAGUUGGUCGCGUUUUUUGAUAAGGAUAAGAAGUAG